AUGGCAGAUGCUCAAGCUCUUGCUCACAUAAUUUACACUGUGUUCCCUUGCAUCGACCGAGCUGGCAAGUUCCUGAUGCAGCGUGGGUGGGAUGAAGUCAACAUGUAUGUCGCAUCUUUCAAAGCCGCUGUGCUGCUUGGCCUCAAUGUCACAGGUGCCACCUCGAAUACCCGAGUUUGGGAUAUACUCUUGUUUGGCUACUCUUACGACAAGUCUGUGAACAUGCCACUGAGAACUAAACAUCGUGUCAAGGGGGAAGGAGAUGUGAUAUUUGACGGUGACGAGGAAGUGUCCGCAAUUCAACCUGCUCAAACUGGGGUGCAGGGAAAGAGCAAACACGUUCCAUACACUCACCAGAACUUGAAACCUGGGAACAUCAUGAUCGUGGACGACGGAGUCACGCCCAUACUAAUGGACUUUUCGAUGAAACUCCUGGUGCUGAUUGAGCCGUUUGGGUAUAAAGGUGAUAGGAAGUUUGAGUUGGAGUUGUUGAAACGCGCUGGGGGGUGGGGGAAUGGGUGUGGUGUGGUUGCGAUAGAAACAGAAGGCAUCCGCCAUGCGAUCUGUGAUAUGUCAUUACUUAUCUUCAAUCUCGUACUUUUGACAUUUACAUUCAAGAGCAUGGAUGUGUGUAAGGCUGCUAGGAUUUUGGAGUGGAAUUUGAAGAGGUAUCCGCAUGGUGUCUUCUUCCUCUUUGGCACAGGCAGACUGGACCUCGUCCCUUCCCAACCCACCAAAGUGCUCGACUACUACGUGCGUCAGCUAUCAUGUAGGCACACGCCCCACCUUCCUUCCAGCAACACUGCUUUCAAUUCCGCCUUCCAUCGCUUCAUGGGACCACGUCAGCUCUACCACCAGUACCGCCCGCUACUUUAUCCUCCAAUGCCACUCCUUCCACCUUCAAAACCUGCCUACGACACCCAUUCAGCCGGCGGCCCAAUCAUGCAGCAGCGCCACCCUUCAUGGUCGUUGAUGUUCCUUUUGUAUAUGGUCAACUGGUGCGCCCAGCGGUUCAUCUCAGUCACCCUCAUCCACAUAGUGUUUGCUGGCACCCGCCACGUCAACUUUGCAGCCUCCAGCACCUCAAAGCCGCGGCUUUCAGUCGGCUCGGGCCAGAAGUCUCUACUACAGUUGUUGUAUGCGACAGAAAGCCGGACAGCAAAGAAAUUGAAGCAGAUAGUAAAGUUGCGAGCAUAA